AUGGCAGUUCCCACCAACUCUUGUCCUUUGGUCUGUCUGCUCACCCUUACAAUCCUACAGCUACGUACGUUGGAUUCAGCAGCUCCCUUCGAUGUGACUGCACCUCAGGAGUCAGUGCUGGCCGUAGUGGGUUCAGAUGCGGAGCUGACCUGUCGCUUUUCCCCAAACGCAAGCUCAGAGCAAAUGGAGUUGCUGUGGUUUCGACAGACGAGGUCGCCAGCGGUACUUCUGUACCGGGCUGGCAAGGAGCAGGAGGGCGAGCAGAUGACCGAGUACCACGGGAGGGCGACGCUGGUGACAGCCAGACUCCUAGACGGCCUCGCUACUCUGCAUAUCCGAGGUGUCAGGGUCUCGGACCAGGGGCAAUACCGGUGCUUUCUCAAAGACAACGACUACUCCGAGGAGGCCGCUGUGCAUCUCAAAGUGGCUGCUGUGGGCUCAGAUCCUUACAUCAGUAUGAAGGUUCAAGAGAAUGGAAACAUGGAGCUGGAGUGCACCUCCUCUGGAUGGUACCCAGAACCUCGGGUACAGUGGAGAACAGCUAACAGAGAGAUGCUACCACCCACAUCAGAGUCCAGGAAUCCUGAUACGGAAGGCUUGUUCACUGUGACAGCUUCUAUGAUGAUCAGAGACAACUCCAUAAAGAAUAUGUCCUGCUGCAUUCAGAAUAUCCUCCUUGGCCAGGGGAAGGAAGUAGAGAUCUCCUUACCAGCUCCCUUCUUGCCAAGGCUGACUCCUUGGAUAGUAGCCUUGGCUAUUGUCAUAUUGGCCUUAGGGUUUCUCGCAAUCGGGUCCAUAUUUUUCACUUGGAAACUAUACAAGGAAAGAUCUAGAGAGCGGAAGAAGGAAUUUGGCUCUAAAGAGAGGCUUCUGGAAGAACUCAGAUGCAAAAAGACUCCCCUUCAUGAAGUUGAUGUGACUCUGGAUCCAGACACAGCUCACCCCCACCUCUUCCUGUAUGAAGAUUCAAAAUCGGUUCGAUUGGAAGAUUCACGUCAGAUCCUGCCUGAUAGACCAGAGAGAUUUGACUCCUGGCCCUGCGUGUUGGGCCGUGAGACCUUUACUUCAGGGAGACAUUAUUGGGAGGUGGAGGUGGGAGAUAGAACUGAUUGGGCCAUUGGUGUGUGUAGGGAGAAUGUGGUGAAGAAAGGGUUUGACCCCAUGACUCCUGAUAAUGGGUUCUGGGCUGUGGAGUUGUAUGGAAAUGGGUACUGGGCCCUCACCCCACUCCGGACCCCUCUCCGGUUGGCAGGACCCCCUCGCCGAGUUGGGGUUUUUCUGGACUAUGAAUUAGGAGACAUUUCCUUCUACAACGUGAGUGAUGGAUCUCUUAUCUAUGCUUUCCCUAGCACCUCUUUCUCUGGUCCCCUCCGUCCCUUCUUUUGUCUGUGGUCCUGUGGUAAAAAGCCCCUAACCAUCUGUCCAACUGCCAAUGUGCCUGAGAAAAUCACAGUCAUUGCUAAUGUCCAGGACAACAUUCCCUUGUCCCCUCUGGGGGAAGGCUCUACUUCAGGAGACAAAGAUAGUCUCCAUUCUAAACUGAUACCUUUCUCACCUAGCCAAGCAGCACCUUAA